UGAAGGACCCGAGUCACUCACACACGUGUGUGUCUACAUGCAGACAUGGCCGAUCUUCAGAUGAAGCUUCUUCGGAAGAAAAUUCAGAAAAGGAAUGCAAAGAAUAAAGAACGCAAGCUUAAACAGAAGCUAAGGGAAGAAGAAGAAGGAGAGGAAAACGAGUCUGAAGUAGUAAUUGAGGACUGUGAUGGAGAGACCACGGAAGAGACUCCAGUUGCAGGCACACAGCAGGAGAAGGCAGAUGAAAAGCUGAAGAUUGAGUCCACGCAGGAGAACAGCGGCACGCAAAGCAGCAGCAAGAAGAAGAAAAAGAAGAAGAGGAAACUAAAUGAAGAAGGAGAUCCCACCAGCGUUUCUGUGAAAAAGGCCAAACAGGAGAACAAUGAGGGCAAUGGGGCUGAGCUCUCUGAGGGAGGAGAGGAACAGGAGAGUGCAAAAGAAGGAUUUAAGGAGGAUGAUGACGGUGAGAAAGAUGGAGAUGAGGAAGAGGAGGAGUGUGAUGGACCACAGCUUCCUUCUGGACUGACAGGAGCAUUUGAAGAUCAGUCAUUUGCUUCACUGGCAGAGCUUGUGAGCGAGAAAACACUCAUGGCUAUUAAAGAGAUGGGCUUUGAGACCAUGACUGAGAUUCAGCACAAAACUAUACGCCCCCUACUGGAGGGAAGAGAUGUUCUUGCAGCUGCUAAAACUGGCAGUGGCAAAACUCUGGCUUUCCUCGUUCCUGCCAUUGAACUCAUCAAUAAACUCAGGUUCAUGCCCAGGAAUGGUACUGGAGUGGUGAUCUUGUCCCCUACACGCGAGUUGGCCAUGCAGACAUACGGAGUACUGAAGGAGUUGAUGACCCAUCACGUGCACACAUAUGGCCUCAUCAUGGGCGGCAGUAACCGCUCAGCUGAAGCCCAGAAGCUUGGCAAUGGAGUCAACAUCCUGGUGGCCACCCCUGGGAGACUGCUUGACCAUCUACAGAAUACUCCUGGCUUCAUGUAUAAAAACCUGCAGUGUCUGAUUAUCGAUGAAGCAGAUAGAAUUCUCGAAGUUGGAUUUGAGGAAGAACUUAAACAGAUCAUCAAACUGCUGCCAAAGAAGAGACAGACCAUGCUGUUCUCAGCUACACAGACGAGGAAAGUGGAGGAUUUGGCACGGAUCUCUCUGAAGAAAGAGCCUCUGUAUGUGGGAGUGGAUGAUAACAAAGAUACAGCAACUGUGGAAGGACUGGAGCAGGGCUAUGUGGUAUGCCCAUCUGAGAAGCGCUUCCUGCUGCUUUUUACAUUCCUGAAGAAGAACCGCAAGAAGAAGCUGAUGGUCUUCUUCUCCUCCUGCAUGUCUGUGAAGUAUCACUAUGAGCUCCUCAAUUACAUCGACCUGCCUGUUAUGGCCAUCCAUGGCAAGCAGAAGCAGACCAAGAGAACCACCACAUUUUUCCAGUUCUGUAAUGCAGACUCUGGCAUCUUGCUCUGCACUGAUGUUGCAGCCAGAGGACUCGAUAUCCCUGAGGUGGACUGGAUCGUGCAGUACGACCCACCAGAUGACCCUAAGGAAUACAUCCACCGUGUGGGUCGAACUGCUCGAGGUAUUGAUGGCAGAGGGCAUGCCCUCCUAAUCCUCAGACCUGAAGAGCUCGGCUUCCUGCGAUUCCUAAAACAGGCCAAGGUCCCAUUGAGUGAGUUUGAAUUUUCUUGGACCAAGAUCUCAGAUAUUCAGUCGCAGUUGGAGAAGCUGAUUGAGAAGAAUUACUACCUGCAUAAAUCGGCUCAGGAGGCUUACAAGUCCUACGUGAGAGCAUAUGAUUCCCAUUCCCUCAAACAGAUCUACAAUGUACAGACACUCAACCUCCCACAGGUGGCGCUGUCCUUUGGCUUCAAAGUACCACCUUAUGUCGACCUCAAUGUUCACAGCAGUAAAGGUGUAAAGCUACAGAAGAGAGGAGGAGGUGGAGGCUUCGGCUACCAGAAAUCCAAGAACUUGCAUAAGGCAAAGAUCUUCAAACAUGUUAACAAGGGCAAGGGAGACCGCAGACAGUUCUCCCGCUGAGUUUGACUAUUCCUUUCCUCUAAUUUCUUAAUGCUUCAGGAAACAUGGGAAUAGUUGUCAUGGUCAGUGGUUAAUUAUGCACAUACUUGUCUGCUUCUUUUGUAUGUGUAUUCGGAGAAGCUGUUGGAAGACUGAAUUUGGAUCUGUUUCCAUUCCUCAUAACUGUGUGGAGAAUCUGUAAUGCAACUUUCGUAUGAACUUCCUUUAAUCUGUAUAUGAAUAUUUUUCUGUCCUCUUUGUAUGGGUCAACUGAUGGCUUAAUUAAAGAAAUAUUCCAGAAAACCAA